AGUAUCUUAUGUCAACAAUGGCGGCUAAAAAGAUACCGGACGAAGAAUGCCUUUUAAAGGGUACGAAAUUAUUGCUACGAUGCGUUGACGGAAGGGAAAAAAGGGGUGAAGUAAUGGCUUUUGACCCAACGAAUGAAAUUCUCAUUUUAAGAAGAAGAGCUAAGAGCGGCAAGCGAAAAUUAUACGAUAUUGACAUGAUAAAUAUGCAACAUAUACAAGAGUUAAAGGUAACAGAAGAACCGAGAAAUGACUUUGAAGUUGCAAUAAAUUUCGUGGGUAAAGAAGAAUUAGCAAAACGCACUCAAAACAAUGUUGAGAUGAAGAAAAAUGAGUCCAGAUAUAUAGGCUUUAACGUACCUCCCAAAGCCCAGAAUUUAUGUAAUUUCAUUAGGCAAACGAUAGAAGAAGUUAGCUGGCAAGAAAAGUCUUUGGUUGUAUUCGACGAAAUUGUAAUAUCACCGCCGUACGGAACUGAAAACGUUGAUAAACUAGCAAAAUUAACUUCAUCUAAGCCUAACGACCACCAUGCUUUAUCUCACGUGCGAAAAAUUGUUGAGAAAUUUCACAGGACUAGAACUCAAGACGAUCAGUAA